GGCCAGAUUGCGCUGCUGCACUUAAUUGCCCAUCUGUCAAACUACAGCGUGGACAAAAGCGACCUCCUCACCUCUCUUCUCGAGGAGCCCUCAGACCACUUCGCCGUGCUCUAUAUCACUGCGCCAAUUAUCGAUAUCUUAUUCGAAAAAAGACGCAUUCAUCCGUCCUGAGGCUGCCCCUAGCUCCAAGCGCAAUCAGUGCGUUCCUUGUGUUUGCGACCUGCUAGUACAGCAGAACUCGCCCUCUGAUCUCCUACCUUCAUUCUCCCACGAGCUUGACCGCCGACCCCAGCAAGACCAACCUCCGAUACCUCAUCUACCUCAGAACCCGCCGCCAUGUUGGUCCGUCUCUCGACGCUGGCCUUCGCUGCCAGCAUUUUGUCGACACCCUCGCUAUGCCUGUCGCCAUCAGACAUUCCCCCCGACAUCCCCGUCUCCCAGCUUCUGGCGUCGGCGCAGAGCCACCUCUCCAAGGGCGAAACCGGCGAUGCCCUCGUCUACUACGAUGCCGCCGUCGCGAGGGAUCCAACCAACUAUCUGACCUUCUUCAAGCGCGCAACCACCUACCUUUCCCUGGGGCGCACGUCGCAAGCCACCGACGACUUUGAGAAGGUGCUGUCGCUCCAGCCCGGGUUCGAGGGCGCACACGUGCAGCUGGGCAAGCUCAAGGCUCGCUUCGGCGAGUGGGACGCAGCCAAUGAGCACUUCAAGAAGGCGAAGAAGACGGACGAGAUGGCGAGCCUGGAGGAGGCCAAGGGCGCGGCGAAGCUGGCCGAGGCGGCCGCCAAGUCGGAGAACUGGGAGGAGUGCGUCAAGCAGGCCGACGACGCCAUCCUGACGGCCAACCGCGCGCUGUCGCUCCGGGAGCUGCGUGCCAGGUGUGCGUUUGAGCGGGGCGCGAUGGAACGAGGCAUCGGCGAUCUCCAGCACGUCCUGCAGAUGAAGCCCGGCGACACAGCACCGCACGUCAAGAUCUCCGCCAUUCAGUUCUAUGCGCUGGGCGAGCUGCAGGAGGGUAUGGCGUCGAUCCGGAAGUGCCUGCAUUCGGACCCCGAGUCCAAGGAGUGCAAGCGGUUGCUGAAGGUCGAGAGGAUGGUGGAGAAGGUGGUCCAGAAGGUUACCAAGGCGCUUGAGAAGCAGCAGCACAUGACGGCGGUACGGCAGCUCGUACCCUCAACGGACGGCGAGGGCUUGAUCAAGGAGGUCAAGGACCAGGUGCACCUAUUACGAGAGGACGGCACAAUCCCGAAGGCGGCAGGGAAUGUCCUGAUUACGAGGCUAGUGGAGAUGGCUUGCCAGGCAUAUUAUGAGUCCAAUAGCAAAAAAGCCAAAGACUACUGCGAAGAAUCCCUUCAAUUCGACGAGAACUCCUUCUACGGUUUGCUCUACCGCGCCAAGCACCUCAUGGACGCCGAAGAAUUCGAAGCCGCCAUGAGCACGCUCCGCAAAGCGUCCGAAGCCCACCCGGGCAAGGACGAAACCAUCCAGCCGCUCAUGCAAAAAGCCCAGAUAGCCCACAAGCGGAGCACGACAAAGGACUACUACAAGGUGCUCGGCGUCGCCCACGACGCCGACGAGCGGCAGAUCAAGGCGGCCUACCGCAAGCUGUCCAAGUUGCACCACCCGGACAAGGCGGCCAAGCAAGGGCUGACCAAGGAGGCGGCCGAGAAGAAGAUGGCGGCCAUCAACGAGGCGUACGAGGUGCUCAGCAACUCGGAGCUGCGCGCCCGCUUUGACCGGGGCGACGACCCCAACUCGCACGAGCAGCAGGGGUUUCAGGGGAACCCGUUUGGUGGCCAACCGUUCAUGUUCCAGCAGGGCGGCGGGCCGAUGCACUUCAAGUUCAGUGGCGGGCACGGGUUUCCGUUUGGGCGGUAACCGUGUUUUCUCACUGAUCGUUGAUUUCUUGUUGUUUUUUCUUUCUCCGCCCCCUGCAUGAAAAAGAAGGGAGUUCAGGUGUUACGUGGAGUCAAAGGAGGAUCCGCUCUUGAAAGGGGCAAUCAAUGGGUGUCAGUGAACAGCAUGCCAUGCGACUCGGUUUAGUUGCUCAGGGUUGGAUUUUGUGUUCUUGGGCAGGAGGGAGUGUGUUGGUUCAUUGGGUUCAUGGGGAGCAGCCACCAUCAAGCGGGCUGUUCUCUUCUUUGUAUGUAAUCCAUUCGACUAAGCCCAAGAC